UGAUAUAUAUAUAGUAUAAACCAACAAGCGAGGCAAACAAUUAAAUGAACCACGCUUGUCAAUGACUAUCCCAGUGACCGUUUCAAAUAUUUUAUUAUAUAAUCUUUUUGACAAUUUUCUUCUUCACUCCUCUCGUUUCAUGUCCUUCACACUUUUCUCCCUCCCCCUCUCUCUCUUAUCUGUCUCUGUUUCAGACUAGAACAGCAGCCAGCUAGGUCAUUUUUAAGCAGCUUAAACCAUCUCUCCCUCAAUCUCUCCCUUAUCUGUCUCUCAAUCUCUCUCCCAACCCUCUCUCCCCUGUCUGUCUCUCAAUCUCUCUCCCACCCUCUCUGCCCUAUCUGUCUCUCAAUCUCUCUCCCACCCCCCCAUCUCCCUUAUAUCUCUCUCCCACUCCCUCUCUCCCAUCUCUCUCUCCUAAUCUCUCCCAAAAUGAAUAUUUCAUUUUGGGAAAUACUCGCUACUCUCACACCCUACCUCCUCUCCAUACUCACCUUCCUCAUUUUCCUGGAACAAAUCACCUACUUAAAGAAAAAGUCCACCAUUCCAGGCCCUAAUCUAGUCUUUCCUUUCCUGGGCAACGCCAUUCCCCUGGUACGCAAUCCUACCAAGUUCUGGGACAUUCAAUCUCUUCUCGCUAAAUCCACCCCCCAAGGCAUUUCCGCCAAUUAUAUCAUAGGCAAAUUCAUCGUCUUCAUCCACAGCACCGAUCUCUCUCACAAAAUCUUCGCCAAUGUACGCCCUGACGCAUUUCACCUCGUCGGCCAUCCCUUCGGCAAAAAACUCUUCGGUGAACACAACCUGAUUUACAUGAUGGGCCAAGACCACAAGGACUUACGACGUCGUAUCGCGCCUAAUUUCACACCCAGGGCUUUAUCCACUUACACUCAUCUCCAACAAGCUAUCAUUCUGAAGCACCUCAAAUCAUGGCUAUCCGAAGGAAAUAAAGUUACUUCUGUUCCGAUUCGCAUCAUGUGCCGAGACAUGAAUCUCGAAACAUCUCAGAAAGUAUUCGUCGGUCCAUAUCUAUCUAUUGAAGCUCAGGAGCGAUUCAAUUACGAUUACAAUUUCUUCAAUGUUGGCUUGAUGAAGCUCCCGAUUGACUUACCAGGAUUCGCGUUCAGGAACGCUCGGCUCGCUGUUUCGAGGCUAAUCGAGACGCUAGCUGGCUGCGCCGAACUGAGUAAGGAGAAAAUGAAAGGCGGAGAUGAGCCGACUUGCUUGAUUGACUUCUGGAUGCAAGAGACGCUCCGUGAAAUCGAGUCGUCUACGGAGAAAUCGCCGCCGCAUUCGAGUAAUCUCGAAAUCGGCGGCCACAUUUUCGAUUUCCUCUUCGCCGCGCAGGACGCGUCGACGUCGUCUCUGCUCUGGGCGGUGACGCUGCUCGACUCGCACCAGGACGUGCUGGAGAAGGUCCGCCGCGAAGUCGCCGGAAUUUGGACGCCGGAGUCGGGGAAGUACAUAACGGCGGAGCAGCUGAGGGAAAUGAAGUACACGGAGGCGGUGGCGCGUGAGGUGAUCAGACUGAAGGCGCCGGCGACGAUGGUCCCACACAUUGCUGGCGAGGAUUUCGCGUUGACCAAAGACUACACAAUUCCCAAGGGAACCAUCGUGUUCCCAUCUGUUUACGAGUCAUCGUUUCAAGGAUUCCCUGAGCCGGACCGGUUCGACCCGGACCGGUUCAUGCCAGAUAGGCAAGAGGAUAUUGUGUAUAAACGUAACUUUCUUGCUUUUGGGGCCGGGGCCCAUCAGUGUGUGGGCCAGAGAUACGCUUUAAACCAUCUCGUCUUGUUUAUUGCAAUGUUUACAUCGUUGAUUGAUUUUAAAAGGGAUCGAACGGACGGCUGCGAUGAUAUCAACUAUGUGCCAACUAUUUGUCCCAAGGAUGAUUGUAGAGUUUUUCUUUCCAAACGGUGCACAAAAUUUCCGGAUUUGAAAUGACUGUUCUACCCUUGGUGAGGGGUAUAUUGGUGUGGCUAGGGAGUGUUGUUUUAUUGUUCUUUGUAGGGGUGUAUUGGUCCAGUUGGGGAAAAACACGUGGGGUCGGGUCAAAGAUACGUCGGUUUUGUAUUCGUAUUCAAUUAUCAGUUGUGAAACAUGUAAUUUACUGAUUUCAUGUAAUAAUAAAGUUUUAUGUCCAAAAUUUAAUGUUACCAUAAUUGUUUGAAGA